CAUUUUUUAGUACAACACCGGUCAGGGUGUGCCGCGACAAGCCGAGCAGAGGCAGGGGCGUCGGGUCAGGUGGACUUCUCACACACUUUUCUUGCGGACCGAUGUUAAAUCUACAUUAAAUAUGGAUUUCCAAGCUUUAUUUAACGAAAAUACGUUUCCGUUUUCGGACUUCCAGGAGUUCACGCUUCUUCCUGGACACCAAAAACUGACUGAACGAGUGAGGAAAAGACUUUAUUACGGCCUGGACCCAGACGUCUCUUUAGAUGGCCUUUCCUGCCCUGUUACAGAUAUCGCUGUGGAAAUCCUCCAGAAGUCCGCCCCAAGCCCGAUACGGAAACUCCAGAAGAAGUAUGCUGCUCGCGUUGCAAGGGAGGCUUGCAUCUCUCCGUGCGCCAUGAUGCUGGCUUUGGUCUACAUAGAACGGCUCCGACACAGAAACCCAGAAUACCUGCAGAAGAUCUCCUCGUCUGACCUUUUCCUGAUCUCAAUGAUGGUUGCCAGCAAGUAUCUGUACGACGAAGGCGAGGAGGAAGAGGUUUUCAACGACGAGUGGGGAGCAGCCGGGAAACUGGACGUGCAAACCGUCAACAACCUGGAGAUGAAUUUCUUGAACGCCCUUGAGUGGAGCCUCUUCACGGAGCCGAAAGACUUCUUCGACACGCUGAGCCAGCUGGAAACCAGCAUCGCGGAACGUCAGGGGAUGAAACGAGGGUGGUUCACGUACACCGACCUGUGUGUGCUGCUGGAGCAGUCCGCAUGGAGUCACGCCCUGACCGCUGUCUAUCAGCACUUUACAAAGGUUUCCUGUCUGCUCGGCCUGGUUUAUCUAACGAGCGUAGCCGGCCUCAUCGCCACCAGUGCUGUGCUGCACCAGCUCAGUCUCUCCAGGAGCAGCCAGUCCCUUCUCCUUCCCUCGCACGAGACCAGUUCCCCUCCCAUCCACACAUCGGGUCCAGAAGCCCCCGCUGCAGCCUGCUGUCUUCUGGCCAAUGAGAGUCUGAGCGGUCAGGCCGGCUCUCUGGAACCUGGACAGAGUUCCCCGUCAGUGUCUGCGCACACGUCUGUUCCGUCUUCCCUUCUUGCUUCGGUGAUUCGCGUACAUCCUGACGUGGGAACUCCUCAGUCCCGCUCUGCGUCCGCCGCCGUCCGCCCUGGCUGUGUUGCGACCCGUUCUCGUUUUCAGUGUCGGAUUCAGAACGCCUCGUCACUUCCUGGUUACGGUCCCUUCAACAACCGCCUGCCGCUGCCCUCCAACCCUCUCGCGGCGGCAGAGCCGAGUCUGGACACUUCCUUCGGGCUGUUCCCGCCUCCAAACCUGCACCGUUGCCGUCCAGAGUUCCUGCUUCCUGUCAACAAAUACCAAGCUCUGAUCAUGCCUGGCUAGGAACAUCACUUUUUUUUUUUUUUUUGCUUCCAUGGCACAUAUCGUCCUCGGGUCUUCUGUGGCUUCUCCAGACGUGACGGUGCAGAGAAGGUGGAGUUCUGUGGUGCAAAAGCAGAGAUUAAUACGUUUUAUUUUCACUCCACGUGACUUUAAUAUGCAGAGAUUACACGUUUUAUUUAGCGUCAGCGAAACGAUUAAACUUAUCGAAGUGUCUGGUUUACAUCUUUAGUGUUGGAUUUAAGUUUUAAACAUAAAAGCUGGUUGAAUGAAGGUUAAACAUAAAUCGAGAGCUUUACGAUGUUUGGUGACAAAAUGUUACAUUCUUAAAAUACUUUUCCUGCAUGAUGCAUUUCAAGCUGUUCGUAAGCUGCGUUUUUUUUUUUUUUUUGUUCAUCUGAAAUUUGCGCACUGAUGCUUUUUCAUCACAAUACGCCACUUCUCUCGUUUCUUUGUCGCCAUUUAUGCAAACACCGGGGGGAGGGGGGGGGUGUCGUAUAUAUUUUUUACAUUACACAUCAAAGCUAAUGACUCCCAAGUAUUUGAAUUUGAUACACUUUAAAGCA